AUUAUUCACAAUCGUGAGCAAACGGAACAAAGUUUAAAGUCGUCGUUCAAAGCAACGUGAGUUCUCUCGGAACCUUACGGGUUACUUACGGGUAAACCACUCGCCGGUCGGAAUAAAGGUUUUACAAAUUCCUCUUGUCUCAUCCGUGAUGUUGAAGCGUACUGACAAAUGGAAAUCUUCGCAUGGAUCUCGAAUCCAUCAAUUCGGACUUGUUUUCGUUGUUGGGAUCUUCCUGGUGGUGGUUCUGUUAUUUUGUUUCAGUGGCAAGAAUCAGAGCACGAAAAUGCAACUACCGAAACAGAUCUCUAACAAUGUCAAGCCCGAAUUGCAAUCUCAGCCAACAUUAGAGAUUCAGAACGAGACUCAAUUGAUAUGGACGAUACCAAAUUCACCAAAAGCAGUUCUGUUUAUAGCUCAUGGUUGCCACAGGAAAGCUUCAGACUUUUGGGACAAAUCUUCAGAUUGUCCUCAAUGUACUGGCCUACCAGAGGAGAGGAUUCUUAUGCGAUUUGCCCUAGCUCGAAAGUUUGCUGUUUUAACUGUAUCUAGCACUGGAACAUGCUGGACAUUUGGGAAGGAAAAAACGAUUGUUGGAAGUAUAAUAAAAUCGUGGGUCGAGAAGCAUAAGCUCGAAAGACUUCCGCUUGUUGCGUUAGGGGCUUCAUCUGGUGGCUACUUUGUCUCGGCUCUUGCAACAGAAAUGCAGUUUAGUAGCAUUGUGCUUAUGAUUGCUGAAGGAGUCUUUGAUCAAAUUAGUAUCAGUAAACAGUAUCCGCCUACUCUGUUUGUGCACAUGCCUAAAGAUGUGUAUAGACAACAAAAGAUUAGAGAGUUCUUAGAAGGUCUUAGAAUGGAAGGUAUUGAUGCUGCAGAGAUUGAAUGCUUGGAUUUGCCGAUUUCUCCGGAUUUCUUGGCAGAUAGGAUUCCAGGUCUUGAUUCAGAUGUCUCGGCCAAACUAUUUAAGUUGUUUCGAGACAAGGGAUUUGUUGAUGAGAAGGGAUACAUGAAACGUGAUGGACGGAGAACACCGUGGAAACAAGCUCUUAGUGGCUACAAAAUAUCACUGGAGCAAAGUUUGAUUACUCCUGUUGAGGAAGAACUGAAUCUUGCAUAUGCAUAUCAUGAGAUGACGAGCUUGCAGUCUGAUCAAAUAUUCAGCUGGUUUGAAUCGCAUAUGAGCUAAUUGGCUGUCAGAUUUUCAUGUAACAAGAUCAUUCUUUGAAAGCUGUAAGAUGUAUUGCACAGGACAAUCUAUUUGACUCCAAUGGAACAUGCCUAAACAGUCGAUUUACUUACGAUUUGAGUCUGAAAAGAUCAUGGUCACUCUGGUUGCUGUGAUUUAGAGUUAAGAAUAGAAUUUUGGUUAGUGUAACUAAACUCUCCGUUUAAAUUCAGCAGAGUUUCGUAAGGUCAGCUGCUUUUUGAUUCUCAUUUGUAGUUAACUAAGACCGCUAAGUCUGUUGUGGUUUUGGAAUCUGUAAGAACUCUUAAUUUAAGAAUGUUGGAUGAUAUUGC